CGUUUACGGUCUCUAUCAUAAUAAUUCAAGUCAGUACCGCUUGAGAUAUACGUGGACAAGUUUACUCUUCUAAUGCUUUUCUAGAUCGAAUAUUACUGCUCAUCACUUUCGUUUUUAGCAACCAAUUAAUCACUCAUCUCUGCAACAAUGGCUGAGGCUGUGAUCUCUGUUCUCCUCGAUCAGUUGGCUUCGGUCACUCAUGAAUCUGUAGGAAAAAAGACGCAACUGAUCAUGAGAGUCAAUAAAGAACUUGAAAACCUUCGAGGUAAUCUGGUCACCAUCAAAGCAGUUCUUACAGAUGCUGAAAUGAGACAAUUGAAAGAAGAAGCUGUGAAGCUCUGGGUGGAAGAUCUGAAAGAUGUAUCCUACGACAUGGACUCUGUGCUAGAUAAGUGGAACACUGCCAUUCUCAAGUCAGAAUUUGACCAAGGAGAAAACGGAGCUGAGAGUCCAAAGGUUCGGUCUUCUAUGCUCUUCUUCUCUUGUUUUCAUUGUACCAAAUUAAGUCCUUAUAUGAUUAUUCAUCGUCUUAAAAUUGCUAAAGAGAUCCAAAGCCUAAACAGAAAAAUAGAGAGGAUCACCCUUAGAAAGGACAGAUUCGGUUUUAGGGAAACAAGUGGCGAUUCUGUUGGACUUAAGCGUCCGGACUACACCACCUCCUUCCUUGAUGUGCCUGUCAUUUAUGGUCAGCUUAACUAUAAGCAGAUUUUGAUUGAUCGAUUAAGACUGAGCGGGAGUAACCAAGAUGACAAUGAACCCAAAUUCAUUUCCAUUGUUGGAAUGGGAGGGAUUGGAAAGACUACUCUAGCCAGAAAUGUUUAUAAUGAUGGUGAGAUUAAGACCCUUUUCGAGGGUAACAUGAUUUGGGUUUGUGUUUCAGACCCAUUUGACACUGCUAGGAUUGCCAAAGAAAUUAUUGAACAAGUCACUCGACAAACCCCAGCUGUCAUUGGGCUAGAGUUGUUAAUAGACAAAUUUCGGGAAUCAAUUAAGGGCAAAAAGUUUCUGCUAGUACUAGAUGAUGUGUGGACUACCGACUAUAGCAAGUGGCUUUCACUAGAACAAAUUUUAAGGCUUGGCGCGCUUGGGAGUAGAGUUGUGGUGACUACACGAAACGAGGAAGUGGCCAGAAUGAUUGGGGAUGAAAAUAGAAUUUGUGUGAAUAAAUUAACAGAAGAAGAUUGUUGGUUGUUGUUGAGAGAAAUAGCUCUUUCCAACAAGACAGAGCAAGUGAGGGAAGAUUUUGAUGCGAUUGGUCGAAAAAUUGCACGUAAAUGCAAUGGCUUACCUCUUGCUGCGAAGGCUAUAGGGAGUCUUUUGCGUGUUAAAGAUAUUGAAUACUGGCAAGAAAUGUCAACAAGUGAAAUCUGGGAGUUAAAAAAUAUGGAGGUGGAGCUUUUCAACCCAUUGUUAUUCAGUUAUUAUGAUUUGACUCCGGUAGAAAGACGAUGUUUCUUGUAUUGUGCCGUCUUUCCUAAAGAUAAUGUGUUUGAAAGAGAUGAGUUGAUCCAACAAUGGGCAGCACAAGGUUAUUUGAAGUCAAGGAACAACGAUCAAGAUGGUUUUGAACAAAUGGGUCUCGUGUGCUUCCAAAAUUUAGCUAUGCGGUCAUUUUUCCAAGAAUUUAAUUAUGAUGAUUAUAACUUCACUAUUAAAUUCAAGAUGCAUGAUAUAGUGCAUGAUUUUGCCCGAUAUCUCACAAAAAAUGAAUGUUCCAUUCAAAUAAUUUCUGAGGUUGAAAAAAGAGUUGAAUUGAAUGUUCGUCAUCUCAACUUAAUUCAUAUUUCUUUGGCAAUUCCAACUUUCUCAAACCUCAAGAAGAAGAAUUUGCACACUCUUACGGUUUGGUGUGCUUUAGGGUGUAUGGUCCCUCAUCAACACUUGAGAUGUCUCAGAACAUUAAUUUUGGUGGGAGAAUUGAUGAAAUUGCCAACAAAUAUUGGUGAUUUGAUACAUUUGAGAUAUCUCAGCAUUGAUUCGGGUGUUGAAACUAUCUUAAAUGUGCCUCCAACAAUUGGAAAUUUGUUUAAUCUGCAAACCUUGAAGUUUUUGAGUCGAAUUAAAGAACUGCCUGAAGAAGUUGGAAAACUAAUUAACUUAAGACAUCUUCGCUUAAGUGAGGGGCUAACUGAAAGUAGGCUGAAAAGUAUUGGGAACUUGACAAGCCUUCAGACGUUGGACAAUCGGGAUCAAAGCUUUUGGGCCUACAACAAACAAAGAAUGAUAAUAGAUGUACGGGAUUUUCAAAAAUUGAAUAGUCUUCGUAAAAUUUGGUUGGAAAUUUUAGGCAAAGAAGAACACAAGGAAGAGGCUAAGGAAGCUCAACUUCAUAAUAAAACUGCUCUUGUCCACUUGGAACUGAAAUUUGCUUUUAAUUCAGAUAUGGAAACCCAUGAGAUUGUACUUGAAACUCUGCGACCACAUGAAAACUUAAAAUAUCUUAGAAUUGAGUGGUAUCUAGGUGGAUCCAUUUCCCCAAGUUGGAUGAUGUCGUUGAUUAAUAUGAGAAGUUUGUACUUGUAUGAAUGUGUUAACUACACCAUAUUGCCUCCUUUGGGGAGACUCCCAUGCCUCGAAUCGCUUCACAUACAUUGGUCUCGUGGUUUGGAGAAGAUGGGGCCUGAGUUUUUGGGAGUAGAAACGGAUAGCAACACAUCCACAGAGUCGUUGUUUCCCAAACUCAAACAACUCCAAAUAAAAUAUGCAGAUUCGUUGAAGGAAUGGGUAGGAGCGGCGGGGUGGAAGAUGAACGGCCCUUUGAAAAUAAUGCCUUCUCUCGAAAACUUAGUACUAAUUGGAUGCUUGACGCUGGAAACAUUGCCUGACUUCCUGGAGUCAACACCACUAAAGAAUUUGGAGAUUCGUCGUUGUUAUAUUCUAGAGAAUUCUUGCAAGAGGGAGACAGGAGAGGACUGGCCCAAGAUUCGUCAUGUCCCAAACAUUAUUAUCCAAAGUGACUAUAAAUAGAUGAAGAAGAAGUAUAGAAGCAAACGGUUGGCCCAAGAGUGAGUACUUAUUCAACCCUUGUCAUACGAUAUUUUGGUAAGACUUUCCUCAUAUUUCAUAGAUUAGAAUGUAAAUUUGAGUGCAAACCAAUUAUGUAUGCCUAUGUAUUUAUGAUUAUAUGACUCAUUUUGUACCUGCGCAACAUUAAUUAGAACAAGAUUGGUUCUUGUUAUUAGAUUUGUGUGCUGUCGUUGAUAUAUUGUAUUUUGGGGUAUGUCAAAAAUUAUUGUUUUCUUUUAGUAGUGGCUAGUACAAAGUUUCAGUAUCCAAUUUUGAAAAAGAACAUAGGGUCU